AUGAAUGUGCUGUCGAACCCAGCGAUCAGGGCCCAGGAGCAGUCUCUAGCUCUCUGUGGCCCCGGGCCUGUCCAGGAUUUGCCCCACUGCCCUCCAGGGUUCAACCUGAGCUCCCGCCUUAACCCCACGCCCAUGCUUGGCCUCCAGAGUGGCCAAAGAUCCACCAAAGCUCAGAGGGAGCUGAGCCCCGAGGAGCAGCAGGAGCUCAGGAGGAAGAUCAACAGCAGGGAGAGGAAGCGCAUGCAGGACUUGAACAUCGCCAUGGACGCCCUGAGGGAGGUCAUGGUGCCUUACGCCUCCUCGCCAUCUUCUGCCUCCUCCUCUCAGUCCCACCAGCCUGGAGCUCCUCCGGGCCGCCGCCUCUCCAAGAUUUCCACCCUGGUCCUGGCCAGAAACUACAUCCUCCUCCUGGGUUCGUCUCUGCAGGAGAUGCGGCGUCUACUGGGGGAGGUGAGCGUGGGGAUGGGGGUGAACACAGGGCCGGUCCCCCGGCUGCUGCUCACCGGAGGGUGGCCCCUCAUCUCUGGCCCCAGUCAGCUCCUCCUCACCCAGGACUCCCUCCUCACCUCAGCAGCCCCCUCCUCUUCUUCCUCCACUUCCUCGUCCUCUGCUGCUAAAUGCCCCCUGCUGUCUCCGGGCUCCAUGGAGGCCUCGCUGGCCCCUGUGCAGUGGAGCUCUGCGGGGGCCUCAGGUGGGCCCUCGUGCCCCUGUGGAGUGUGCAGACUGCCUAGAUUUAGCCACUCCACCCCGGCUCCCAGAUUCCCGAAGUGA